GAACAACACAUUAGCUUCGUUUUGAGUUUUAACAACAUUGAUUUUAUCUUCAACCACGGAGAAGCAGCUCAUUUCCAGAGUGACUUGUCGGCUCUCGGCUCCGAGGUCAGAAUCAGAUUGCUGUCAUGGCGGAGAAGCCUACGAAUGAGACUAUCCUCCAGCUGCUGAAACAUGGAGCUGCUCACUUCGAGCUCGUUCCCUCACCAGUCCCCUCGAUUUCAGCUACCCCGCCUCAAAUGCGUUCCGUCCCCUUCUUCGCCAACAAUAGCCAUCGGUUCUUCGCUCGAAUUGGACCAGCACUAGAUAGGGCACCCCCCGAGACGAAGAAGAAGUUGGAGCAAUAUUCAGUUCAGAAAGUCACCGGAGGUGGCCGCUGUCUAUUCCGUGCGUUGGUAUCUUAUUUCCUCUUCUCUAGCUCAUUCCUCGACUUGAUUUCCAAAUCCAUCGUCUUUGAAACCAAGGCUUGAACAUAGGAUUGUGGCUGUUAAUUCAGAAACCUUAAUCAAUUGCUGAAUGCAUUGCUGCGUUUGUCAAAGAAGUGGCAACAGACGCUAGUGCCGAAAGUCUAGAAAACACAUUGUAGGAGCUUCUGCUCAUUUUUCUCAAGAGGUUCACUAACCUAAUGCUGGAGCGGACCUCGGAGCCUUAUUCAGUAGUAGAUUAAGGUUAUGAACUUGAUACUGUUGUCACCUGCGCUACGGUUAAUAUGUGUUUGAAUUUCAGUCUUGCAGCUAGUUGCAUAAUUGAUAGCAAACUAGAGAAGAGAAUGGUAAUUAUUAGCCAGUAGAUACUAGAUGGUGCUAAUCUUGUGUUUAGUUAUAGUAUUAGGUGUGUCAUGUGUUUGGUGAAGCACUAGAGACCUUGUCUUUCUAACUCAAUGUAACUUAUGUUGUCGGAUGCAUAGGUGUUGCCCUCUUCUCUCAUAAGUUGACUAUAUGACAUUACUGUUGUUCGUCGCAUGAUCUUAGUCAUGAUUGAUCAAACCAGGUAAAAGGAAUGGCUUUGAACAAGGGUAUUCCGCUUAAGCCACGGGAAGAGAGAGAUGAUGCAGAUGACUUGAGAAUGGCUGUUAAGGAGAUUAUUUGCCAAAGUGGUAAUGAACGCCAACAGUACGAAGAAGCAUUGAUUGCAAUAACAGUUGAUGAACCAUUGAAGCGUUAUUGUCAAAGAAUAGGACGUCCCGACUUCUGGGGUGGGGAGUCGGAGCUUCUGGUACUCUCAAAAUUGUGUAGACAACCAGUCAUAGUUUACAUUCCAGAGCACGAGCAUGUGAGAGGCGGAUGGGGCUCGGGAUUUAUCCCAAUAGCUGAAUAUGGAGGCGAGUUCAGCAAGGGCUCCUUCAUGGGCAAGCCGAAGAAAGCUGUGAGGCUUCUUUACAGUGGCAACAAUCAUUAUGAUCUACUCGUCUAGAGUUCCAUUUCCUGUUCCCAGGAAGACUACGUUGUAUGCUCAAAUGUCUCCCAAAAGAAGAGGUAGAUCAGAAUUUCGUUCAUGGAGGCUACAAUGACACAGUGCUGCCCCUCGUUCUGGAGCUUGUUCCAGACAAGUUUCUCAAUCUCCAGAUUAUCCAAUUAACGUGUUAGAUUUGCCUAUGGUUUUGUGCAACGGUUGAUGAAUAUAAACCUGAACUUAAGAUUCCAUUGUACAAUUUAAUAAAUUUGGAGUCAUGGUUCAAAAUGGAAGAAAGGGGGGAAGUUUGAUA